UUUUGCAGGGAGGGGGGCGCUUGUUGGGGAUUGGUCAGACGAGUCACAAGAUGAUGAAGUAAAAAAAAAAAAAAAAAAACAUUGAAAGCGUCUGUAGCAUUCAGAGCAGCAGCUGCAGCUUCAGGGACUUUAACUCUUCAACAAUGAGUGAAUCACUGGUGGUGUGUGAGGUGGAUGAAGAUCUGGUGAAAAAGCUGAAGGAGUUCCGUUUCCGGAAGGAGACCAAUAAUGCGGCCAUCGUUAUGAAGAUUGACAAAGACAAGCAGCUGGUUAUUCUUGAAGAAGAACACGAGGAUAUUUCUCCUGAUGAUCUGAAGGAUGAACUGCCUGAGAGACAGCCAAGGUUUAUCGUCUACAGCUAUAAAUACCAACAUGACGACGGACGUGUCUCCUAUCCCCUCUGCUUCAUCUUCUCCAGUCCCGUGGGUUGCAGACCGGAGCAGAUGAUGAUGUACGCCGGAAGCAAAAACAAGCUGGUGCACACUGUUCAGCUGAGCAAGGUGUUUGAGAUCAGAAACACAGAGGACCUGACAGAGGAAUGGCUCAGAGAGAAGCUUCGGCUCUUCGGCUAAAGUCGUCUCAUCCGGUGGUCUGGGACGUGGAGGAGGAUCCAGAUUGCACAACUCGUGUCAUCUCUUGGGA